AUGGCCCCCUCAUUGAUAACACCUGUCUCUUCUAACUCUGAAGAAACAACCGCCAACAAAAUGGCAAGCACAAAAUUCACACCUCCAUCCUACUCCAGCGACGCCAUUACCAAGGCAUACGCAGAAACCCUUGACAAAGCAGACCCUUUGUCAUCUUUCCGCUCGAAAUUCAUCAUCCCUUCAAAAGCAAAUCUGAAAGCCACCAAACUGGCAAAACCAGGUCUAUCGCAAGAUGAAAAAGCGCAAUUGGAUACGUGGUCUUCGAUUGGUGUUCUUGGUCAUUUUAGAGAUCUUGAGGAUUCGCCGUUGAGAUCGUGGCAGCUGUUGGCUGAGCAGGCUGCGGGUGACAUGUCAAAGAUUGUGGGUGCGAAUCCGGAAGAGGUUGCGGCCAUGGGGACGUUGACGGCGAAUUUGCACAUGUUGUUGGCUAGUUUCUAUAAGCCGACGGAGAGCAAGCAUAAGAUUUUGUUGGAUUGGAAGGCUUUUCCUAGUGAUCAUUAUGCGAUUGAGUCCCAAAUUGCAUGGCACGGCCUUGAUCCCAACGACUCAAUGGUCUUGAUCGGUCCUGAGGAAGGUGAAUAUGUCAUUUCAACCGAAAAGAUCUUGUCGAUUAUCGACGAGCAUGCCUCGGAAACUGCUUUGCUGUUGCUCCCAGGUAUCCAAUACUACAGUGGACAAUACUUUGACAUUCCCACAAUCACCAAGCACGCCCAGUCCCUCGGCAUCAUGGUGGGCUGGGAUCUUGCACAUGCUUACGGAAACGUGGAUGUCAAAUUGCACGACUGGAAUGUCGAUUUUGCUGCAUGGUGCACAUACAAGUAUGGAAAUGCCGGUCCGGGCGCAAUCGGUGGCAUCUUCGUGCAUGAGCGACAUGGUGUUGUAGAUUAUAGCCAGGGAGAGGAUAAACCAGUAUUCCGUCACCGCUUGACGGGUUGGUACGGUGGUGAUCGAUCGGUGAGAUUCAGAAUGGAUAACAAAUUCAAACCAAUUCCUGGCGCUGGCGGCUUCCAAGUUUCAAACCCCUCUGCCAUCGACUUGGCUGCUUUGUGUGCCUCGCUGUCGGUAUUUAAUGAGACCUCCAUUACACAGAUUCGAGCCAGGUCUUUACGAUUGACACAUUAUCUCGAAUAUUUGCUACUUGCCGGAACAACAGACGAAACAAGAAAGUUUCGUAUUAUCACCCCUUCGGAUCCAAACGCAAGAGGUGCUCAAUUGAGCUUGUUGCUCAAUCCAGGCCUUCUCGACAAAGUCGCUCAACGCUUGGAGGAUGCGAGUAUUAUUUGUGAUAAGAGACAGCCUGACGUCGUCCGAGUGGCUCCUGCGCCGUUAUACAAUACCUUUACCGAGGUGUGGACCUUUGUAAACGAGCUGAAAACAGCCAUUGCAUAG